AUGGGGCUCGUGUCCCGCGGCGCCGCCGAGGCGGGGCGGGGGGCGGCGAGUGCUGUUGACCGCCCGGGCCCGCCCGACGCGGUCCCCAACCCCACCCCGACCCCGCCAGCUGAGGGCGCGGACCCGGGGAGCAGCCGCAGCCCCGGCAUGGUGCUCAAGGCCUUCUUCCCCACAUGCUGUGCCUCGGCAGACAGCGGUCUCCUGGUUGGACGGUGGGUCCCGGAGCAGAGCAGUGCCGUGGUCCUGGCUGUGGUGCACUUUCCCUUCAUCCCCAUCCAGGUCAAGGAGCUCCUGGCCCAGGUGCAGCAGGCCAGUCAGGUGGGCGUGACUGUGCUGGGCACCUGGUGCCACCGCCGGCAAGAGCCGGAGGAGAGCCUGGGCCACUUCCUGGAGGGCCUGGGCGCCAUUUUCUCCCACAGGCCCUGGUUCCAGCUAUGCCGGGAGAGAGGCAGCAAGUCCUGGAGCUGCAAGGCCACCCACUGGCAGGGGCCCGCCUCCCCUGCCGCCUCCGGCGAGGACCAGGUCAUGCUUAUUUUCUACGACCAGCGCAAGGUGCUGCUGUCCCAACUGCACCCGCCCACGGCCCUGCCCGACCGCCAGGCUGGGGACACCACAGCCAGCGCGGGGGGCCUGGCUGCUGUCUUUGACACAGUGGCGCGUAGCGAGGCACUCUUCCAAAGUGACCGGUUCGAUGAGGGCCCCGUGCGGCUGAGCCACUGGCAGUCGGAGGGCAUGGAGGCUAGCAUCCUCGUGGAGCUGGCCAAGUGGGCAGCAGGGCCUGUCUGCCUGUUUCUGGCCUGCCUGCUGUCUCUCAUCUCGGCUGCCAGCGCCUGUCGGGUGUUCAAGCUGUGGCCACUGUCCUUCAUCUGGAGCAAACUCUCCACGUGCGAGCAGCUCAGGCACCGGCUGGAGCAGCUCACACUCAUCUUCAGCACCCGGAAGGCUGAGAGCCCCGCACAGCUGAUGAGGAAGGCCAACAUGCUUGUCUCUGUGCUCUUGGAUGUGGCCCUUGGCCUCAUGCUGCUGUCCUGGCUCCACAGGAAGGACCUCAUCGGGCAGCUGGCUGAUGCCCUCAUCCCUGUGGCUGACCGCGUGGCCGAGGAGCUCCAGCAUCUGCUACAGUGGCUGAUGGGUGCACCUGCUGGGCUCAAGAUGAACCGGGCGCUGGACCAGGUGCUGGGCCGCUUCUUCCUGUACCACAUCCACCUGUGGAUCAGCUACAUCCACCUCAUGUCACCCUUCAUUGAGCGCAUCCUGUGGCACGUGGGCCUCUCAGCCUGCCUGGGCCUGACGGUCGCCCUGUCCAUCCUCUCAGACAUCAUAGCCCUCCUCACCUUCCACAUCUACUGCUUCUAUGUCUAUGGCGCCAGGCUAUACUGCCUGAAGAUCCAUGGCCUGUCCUCACUCUGGCGCCUGUUCCGAGGGAAGAAGUGGAAUGUUCUGCGCCAGCGCGUGGACUCCUGCUCCUAUGACCUGGACCAGCUGUUCAUCGGGACCUUGCUGUUCACCAUCCUGGUCUUCCUUCUGCCCACCACGGCCCUGUACUACUUGGUGUUCACCCUGCUCCGGCUCCUGGUGGUCGCUGUACAGGGCCUGAUCCAUCUGCUUGUGGACCUCAUCAACUCCCUGCCACUGUACUCACUCGGCCUCCGGCUCUGCCGGCCCUACAGGCUCGCAGCCGGGGUGAAGUUCCGAGUCUUGGAGCACGAGACUGGCAGGCCCCUCCGCCUCCUGAUGCAGGUCAGCAUUGCCUGCAUCUUACCUUGUUCAUCGAAGGGGCUGCGUGAACCUGGUUGAUUUCAUGGCACCCUAGCGGGGGCUCCAGAUGGCUUCACUACUUUCACCAUCACCACAGCGCUACAGUGAAAUUCUUUGAGCUAAUAUCUGAGAAUUUCUCCAGGCUCAAUGUGAUACGGAAUUAUUAGGCUGUUCAACCAACCUCCCAGAGAGCUGUUCCCCACAUCCUGGCCCACAUGCGACAUUGCCAAUCUAAUAUGAAAAGGGUAUUACUUUGCUUCACUUU